ACAAAAAUAUUAAAAUAAACCACGGGAUGUUAGGCAUACAAAUUUAACGACAGUCUCAUAACAGUUCUCUUCAUCUUUCAUUAACUAGUUUCGCUCUAAAUAACUGUUCUUGUCGCCUCGGUUACCUGCACACGCAUUUGUAUUACAAAGACAACCACUUGAGGUCAAAGAUUUAUAGAAGCAAUAUGAAAUAUAAGUCUGAACGUGCAACAAAGACUUUAGAUGUUGGUGUAAUAUUCAACGUACAGCGUAUAACCUCUCAAGGUCUAUUCUUGGCAUGAAAAUUCAUCGCGAAUAGUAUUUUCAGCGACCUUAAUUAAACUUAAAAUCAUGGCUUCUUGUCAGGACGAAGUUUAUGUUGUUUAUGAUCGUUUAUCAUCUUUGAAACAGAGACUGAUGGAUCCAAACGAAGGUCGGCCGUAUAUAGAAACCUCAGACCAGGACCUUCCACCUCUGUACGAAUCAGUAAACAGCAAAGACAGCGAUGACAAACGGUCACCUUGCUCAAACAUAAACCGUACAUUGUUGCCCUUUAAAGCUUUCUAUUUCUUUUUCUAUGGAGCAGUCGGAUCCCUCUUUCCCUUUAUCGCACUUUACUUCAGGCAUCUGUGGCUGUCACCAACACAAGCAGGACUUUUGGUUGGCUUACGGCCAAUUGUACAGUCAGUUACAACACCAUUUUGGGCUUUAUUCGCGGACAGAUUCAAUGCAAAGAAAAUUGUCCUUUUUAUUGGCCUAUGUGGUUGGCUGUUUUCCCAUACUAGCCUUCUUCUCGUUCCCGCAGGUAAGAAACCGUUGAGUUGUACAGAAAAUGCAACACGAUUGGUAAAGCGAUCCAUUGACUCCAACUAUCCCAUGUCAGACAAUGUAUUCGGCGAGGAACCCAGUAACCAAUAUCCACGCGAGAUUCUCGAUUACAACCCUGCGGACGUCAGCUAUACCCCGAAAAUUCCACGCGAGAAACUUCCUCGAGGGAGUCACGAAUACAAAUCGACCGGAUCAAACGUAAACGUGUUGCAACGCGAUGAUACAAAUAAUCAAACAUCUGAAAUCAGGAAUCGUUCGGAGAACAAGUCAUCCGAGGGUUCGCACAAAACCAAAAAUCAACCUUCAGCAUCGAUAGUAGACAAUAUGAAUUCAGAAUUCGCAGACAAAACAAUUGCAAAAAGGUCUUGGUGGUCCAUUAGUACUAACCAUUUACCUCUGGAUACGUGGCACACCUUCACUUACCUUUUCCUGAUUAUUUUGUUUGGAAAUUUAUUCGCGGCUCCCGCACAGACCAUGGCAAACACCGCAACACUCCAGGUUCUUGACGAUGAAACACACAAGUAUGGCGCGCAGCGAUAUUUCGGUUCCAUAGGUUGGGGCGUCACGGCGUUCGUGGUGGGAAUGUUAGUUAGUUUAAAUCACGAUAGCUCGCUUGCGUGCAAAGGUCUUGAUGAUAUCAACUAUACUCCAUGCUUUUAUGCCUUCGGCGUUAUGAUGCUCUGUUCCCUGGUUGUCGCAAUCCCUUUUAAAUUCCGAAACGAAACUGAUGUAAAUCCAAGCAAAAGCCCUGCUUUGCUUAGCAUUUGUCAGGAGCAGAAUUACCUUACCCUGUUUGUCUUCUUCGCUGUCUUCGUGGCUGGUUUCAACAUGGGAUUUAUUCAGACUUUCUUGUUUUGGCACCUGCAGUCAUUAGGAGGAACUCAACACCUCUUCAGCUUAAUUCUAGGUUUUAACGCAGUCGGUGAAAUGGUCGGGUUCCUGUUGUCCGUGAAACUCAUCUCAAAAUACGGUCAUUUGAAAGUGCUGGCUUUGGGAAUGUUCGCCUAUGCUGUUCGCUUGACGAUGUACGGCGUGGUUGAAAAUCCAUGGUUAGUAUUAACUGUGGAAUUUCUGAAAGCAUUCACAUCGUCAGCUGUUUGGUCUUCAGCAAUGUCGUAUAUCGGGCAGAGUUAUCCGGUCGGGUCAAGCGUGUCGGCCGUAGUGCACAUGUUGUACUGGGGAAUUGGUUACGGUGGUGGGGGAAUGCUAGGUGGAGUUUUGAUGGACCAAAUUGGUGCUAAAACAGUUUUCCUUGGAUUGGCCAUCAUUAGUCUCGUCGUUGUUAUCCUUACCUUGGUUAUUGUGCAUUUGAAUUGUUGUACAAAAAGAAAGCAAGAUGUCUACAUGCCCGUGGAAAGUGACGAUGACGAUGACGAAGAAGACCAGGACUCUGAUGAAUAGGUGUAAUCAUAAUAUAAACCGAAAAGUAGUUUUAAAAUAGAAUUAUCGAAGCGUAUUUGUUAAUGCUUCUAAAAUUGUUGUCAAAAUGGUUACGCUGACUGUUUUUGGCACUGAAUUGACUCGCCCACCUGACACCCUUGAAAGUCGAAGACGAGGGAUGCCAGAACCAUAGGAAAGCAAAGGAAUAGAUUUUCGUAAAAGAGCGCUUUUGACGCAUAGAAUAUGCCAAUGCGUGUUUGUAAAACAUCGGCAGUUGCACUUCGUCUCAUCUUUUCUCUCUGUUUUGAGAGUCUCAGAAUUUUCACCAAAAGAUUAUAGUGUAGAACAAUUGUACUCUCUGUUAUGUCCACAUUGGAUAUUUAGCUGGAGAACUUGAAUGUUUUCACAAGCAUUGGUAAUUAAAAUAAUAAUAAUUUAAUAUAUUUAUGGGGCGCUGUCUUCGGAAGUUUAACGGCCCCUUUACAGUUUUAGUGUCUGUGAAAUAAGUAAAAUGCGAGAAAACAGUUUUUCUCGUGCACGCUAGAUCCUGUAAUUGUGGUAAAACCGCAGAUAGAAAGGAAGUAGACUGCCGGUAAAACGAGGGUUAUCUUUAAGAGGGGAAUGGGGAGUUUGCCCAUACCCAUUUUAGUAACGUAAUAUAUGCAUUAAGUUUUUAAAAUAUAUGAACUAGAUUGA